CAUCUCUCUCUCUCUCUCUCUCUCUCUCCCCCAAGUUGAAAUAUUCAAUCUUUAUCCAUCUGUAUCUCAGUAUAUAUAAAACUCGAUCUAGAGAGAGAAAGUGAGGGAGAGAUAGAGGCCGGCGAAACGUGCUGGAGUUGAGCUGGAGGAAACAAGAAGACUUAAGACUAGAUCUACGUCUCUGUCCACAAGUGUCGAACUCUGGUUAUCCAAUUUCUGUCGUAGAUAUCGAGAAAUUAAUGGGGGUGUUGCUGGUUAGUUGAUGUAUCAAUUCUGAUUGUGAUUUGUAUUUGUAUCUUCUUCUAAAAGUGAAAAAAAGGUUCAAAUAUUCAAAAAAUAGUGUUGAUUAGCUCCUCUAAUUCUCCUAUUUUUGGUGUUAUUCGCGAGAAUUUAUAUAUAUACAUAUAUAUUAUAUAUUGGCCGGUUGUUUGUGAUUUUUUGAUAAUUUGUUGGAGUGAUUUGAUUGAGAGGUAUGGAUCAGGAGAGGAUUGAUCAAGGAGGGAGUAUUGAGAGUUCGAGCAAUUUGGAUGUUCGCGGUGGGGGUGUGCCUGCAACUGUAAUUAAAUCGGAUUUGGAAGAUGAAACUCCGGCCAGUGUUAGUGGGGAAAAUGGGAAUCCGAACACGAAGAGUAGGAAUGUAUUGCUGGAUGAGAUGAAGGUAAAUUAUCAGAAGAAUGACAAGAAUUCGUGGGUGAUUGAUGUGAAGAGUGAGAAAACUGGGGAGAAUUUGAAUUUGGAUGGGGAAAGGGUGUGCAGGAUAUGCCAUUUGAGUCCUGAUCAAUCACCGGAUAAUAAUAAUAAUGAUAAUGAGAAAGCGAUGGAUUUGAUUGAGCUUGGUUGUGGGUGUAAGGAUGAGCUUGGUAUCGCCCAUUCUCAUUGUGCAGAGGCCUGGUUUAAGGUCAAAGGGAAUAGAUUGUGCGAAAUAUGUGGCGUGACUGCAAAAAAUGUUAUUGGUGUUGGAGAUGACAGAUUUAUGGCAGAAUGGAACGAGAGGAGAUCUAGUAGUAAUGGUACUACCUCAUCAGAAAGGAGGUGUGGAUGUUGGCAGGGACAGCCAUUGUGGAACUUCCUGAUGGCGUGCCUGGCCUUACAUUUGGUCGGAGCUGCAUUAUUGGUUUCAAAUUUGCCGCGUUGACAGCGUAAACAAGAAUGGCUGUGACAGGAGGUUGGCUCAUUUUCCCAGAUGUUUCUUGUUAUUUGGUAAGAACUCUUACAUACCAUAGGCUGGAAAUGUCAUUAGAGCAAAAUGGAGUUUGUUCACUUUUCUUUUUGAAUUUUGUUUCCCUUUUUCCUUUUCCUUUUCCUUUUCUUUUACUGGUUAAAUUUGUUGGAGCUAUGCAACAUGCAGUCUCUGCAUGGUGUUUCUUAUUCCUACAGUUUCUAUCGUAAAUUUGUUAAACAUUAUUGCAUUUAGUGUUAAGAGUAGAGUUGGCAUGCAUGCCUGUGUUAUUUUGGUUUACUUUGUUGUGGAUUAGGCUUCAGUGUCUGUGAAUAAGAAUGUAUGUUG